CUCCUAGCUCACGGGGUACCCAGUGCAGGGCAGAUCUAUUCUUUGAGCUGAAAAUGAUGUGCAAUUACAAGAAUUUUCUCCUGACUGCUCUGAUGUCAACGCUGCUCCUCGUCCUGUGCAGCAAGUCAGAAGCAGCAAGCAGCUUUGACUGCUGUCUUCGGUAUACAGAACACGUCCUUCAUCCUAAGUUUAUCGUGGGCUUCACACAGCAGCUGUCCAAUGAAGCUUGUGACAUCGAUGCAGUCGUCUUUUACACAAGGAAGAGAUUGGCCGUGUGUGCAGAUCCAAAGAAGAUCUGGGUGAAACAGGCUGUGCAUAUCCUCAGUCAAAGAAUCAAAAAGAUGUAAAAAUGGAUGCUCUCUGGGAUGGAGCUGGACAGCAAAGAGAGAAUCUAGCUGGAGUUGGCAGUUGAGAGUUAAGCACUUACCUGAUUUGUGCCUCGUUGGACUUGCCAAUUAAUGAAGUUGAUACAUAUUGCAUCGUAGUUUGCUUUGUUAAGCAUCACGUUAGAGUCAAACUCUAUUUUAUGUUAAGUUAUUUAAAUAUUUGUUUGUAUGUGUGUGUGUUUUGCUAUUUAAUACUAAUUUCCUAUAAACUAUUUGUUUCGUAGUAGGUGUAACUUUAUGUGUAGAGGAAUGCGGUUAUAUGGACUUUCUUGUAAGCUGCAAGCUAUUUGUAAAAAAAACUAUUUAACAUUCUUCUGUCUACAUAGUUUUGUUUCUUAAACUGUUGUAAUUAGCCUG